AUGCCCCUGGGGAGGUACCAUCCCGCGUUCGUCCCUUCCCCCGGUACCCCCGCCUCGCCCUUAUACCCCCGUAUCCACCAACACUUCCACUCCCAAUCCUACGGUCCUCACGGACGCAGACACCGUGGCCCGCGGUACGGUAUUCUCAUACCCGACAUCGGCCCCCACGGUGCCCCCGCAGGCUUCUCUUUCGGUCUUGGCGCGGCCAGUUCUGGUUUUGCGCUGAAGGUCGGGAAGUAUGAGCGAGUAUUCACAUCACCCACAUGGGUAUGGGACUGCUUACUAUCGACCUGGAUCGUUGCUCGGGCCGGAAGGGAGGAAUAG